UACACAUCGUCUGUUAACUUUGACACACAAGAUGAAAUCCUUCGUCGCUAUCCUUGCCCUCGUGGCCCUCGCUGCCGCUGACGUCUCUCACCUGAGAUCCGCUGAAGCUGAUGCUCAGAUCUUGGCACAAGAGGCUGACGUGUUCCCCGACCAGUACAGUUACAACUACAAGACAAGCAACGGUAUCGCCGCCCAGGAGUCUGGAGCCCUGACCAACGUCGGAACUGAGGGUGAAGCCAUUUCCGUCGCGGGCCAGAACUCUUACACCGCCCCCGGUGGUGAGCAGAUCUCCCUCUCCUACAUCGCUGACGCCAACGGUUACCAGCCCCAGGGUGCUCAUCUCCCCACCCCUCACCCCAUCCCCGAAGAGAUCCUCAAGUCUCUUGAGUACAUUAGGACCCAUCCUGCCCAGGAAACCAGGAAACUGUAAAUUAAUUAGUUCAUAAGAAUUAAGUAAGAAAAGUUCUCUCAUACUGCCAAUUUUGUUACCUCUAGUCCCAAUAUGAUUGUAAAUUUCUGAAAAUUAAAAAGAUUUCUACUUGUACAGUUA